AUGGAGGAGUUGUUCACGAAGAAUUCACAGCAGCCGACGCUAUCCUUUGCGGCACAGGAGGCUACACACAAAGGGGAACCUGCGUUGAUUUUCCCACAGGCAGCGGUCGAAGCUCUAGCCAGUCCAUUUCGUUUCGCAUUGAUUGGGAAAUUCUCUAGACGUAGACCGAAGUUGGAGGAGGUGAGGAAGUUCAUUGCAUCGCUGGAUUUACGUGAGAACCCGGUGGUGGGCUUGUUGGACGUAAGACAUGUGUUAAUUCAGUUGAACAAUGAAGCUGAUUUCCAUCGUGUAUGGUUUAGGAGGAUCUGGUAUGUGUCUUCCUUCCCCAUGAGAGUAUUCAAAUGGACCACGGACUUCCAUGUUGACAGGGAAUCGUCGGUGGUUCCGCUCUGGCUUCAAUUACCAAAACUCCCGCUGCACUUUUUCAAUAAGGAGGUGAUUUUCCAGAUUGCGUCUAUGGUAGGUAACCCUUUGUUAGUUGAUGCGGCUACCCUUGCAGUGUCACGGCCAAGUGUUGCACGGGUGUGUGUUGAGAUGGAUUUGUUGCGUUCGACACCGUCGCGGGUUUGGAUUGGCAAUGGAAAUCACGCUGGUUUUUGGCAAGAGCUGGUGGUGGAGAACCUUCCAAGGUACUGCUCACAUUGUUUCCGCCAAGGUCACGAUGUGGAGACUUGUCAUGUUUUAAAGCCCGAGUUGCGAGGAGCAUCUGGUCACCAUACCAAGACUACUGGAACAACACAACUACGGUUGGCAGAGACGUCGAAUACAGACAUGCCUGAUGGCCCUUUGGAGGGUAAUGGAGAAAGGCCAUCGGUAUUGAUACAAGAUGCGGCAGUAAUUGAUGGGGCAAAGGGAGAAGUUAAUGAGACUGUGACUGGCAAAGCGCUAGUUGCUCACGAUCAGUUAAUAGGUGGUACGCCUCACGAAGCUGAGCAAGGUGACCAGGUGCAGCAGUCCUGUGCUACUAUACCAGCGCAGCAGGAGAGGAAAAUGGAGGAGAAUUAUGGGACGGUGGCGGUAGAAGGUAUCGAGGUGGUGCUGCCACAUGACAAAGGAGAGGAACGUUCUGAGGAUGUGGGGAGUGGGUUGCCCGCGAGGGUGGUCGUACGUUCUGCUGAGGGGCAAGUUGAAGACAUACAAGAUACUCAACGAAGGGACGGUACCCUCUCCCCUAGGGGCAAGGAUCUUAUCCGACAAGAAGAGUCAUCACUAGAGACCGGGCAUAUAGACACGGGGGGUACCCUGGAACUAGAAGAAGUUGUUCGUAAGGAGCGAAUGGAUGCAAGGUCGCGUGGUCUCCGGUUACUUUUUUGGAAUAUAAGAGGGGUAGCUCGUGCUCCUAAUUUAAGGCGGUUAAGGAAACUUAUUAAAUUGUAUGAUCUUCAAUUGGUGGUUGUUGUUGAACCUAAGUUGAGGGUGGAGUCAAUUACUGAUAUUAGAAUUAAAUUGGGGAUGGAUUGUUGCAUGUUCAAUCAUUGGGGUUCUGUUUGGAUUUUCUACCGGUCAUUGUUUACGUGUCAGAUUACAGGGGAGUCUCCCCAACAUAUAACUAUUAGAGUACAAUCUCAUCUUUUCCAAGACUCCAUUAUUUUGUCUUGUAUACACGCGAAGUGUACGCAGCAGGACAGAGAGGAUUUGUGGAAUGCACUUUUGCAGGAUAAACCCGCCUUCAAUCCUUGGUUUUUGGUGGGGGAUUUCAAUGUGGUCACAAAUACAGAGGAGAAGAGGGGUGGAUUGCCAUUUAGACCGUCGGAGGGAUCAGACUUUCUGAAUUUUAUGGCGCUAGCUGGUGUCAGUGAUGCGGGAUUCUCUGGGUCAAGGUUUACAUGGUGUAAUAAUCGUUCGGGAACGGCGCGGAUCUGGAAGCGUCUGGAUCGCUUACUUCUGUGUGGGAGUGCAAUGGAGCUACCGUACCAAUUCAUGGUGCAACAUUUAGGCCGUGACCCGUCGGAUCAUGCUCCCUUGUUGCUAUCGGUGGAUACGAGGCUAGACAAUAAACCCAAGCCGUUUCGUUUCUUAAACAUCUGGACCACUCAUCCUGAUUUUCUGGGGGUUAUCAAGGACUGUUGGGUUCAUCCAGUCAAUGGCUCUCCUUUGCAAGUAUUGGCAUCGAAGUUGAGGAAUGUUAAAAAUGCCCUCAAGCAGUGGUCUAGGACGACAUUCGGGGAUAUUUUUGAAGGGGUACGUAGUGCAGAGCGUGUGGUAACCGAGUCUGAGACAGCAUACGACCUCGAUCCUACUGAGCAGCGACGGAGCGAGUUACAUCAUGCUCGGGCUCGAUUGCGCCGAGCGCUUGUAGUUGAGGAGGGUUUUUGGAGACAAAAGGCGCGGGUUAAGUGGCUUUCGGACGGAGAUAGGAACACCAAAUAUUUCCACUCCUUGGUUACGGAAAGGAGACGUAGGGCAGUAAUUCAUCGAGUCAGGGGUACUGCUGGAGAGUGGAUCGAGGGGGAAUGCCAAAUUGGGGAGGCAGCGGUGGGUUUCUUUAAGGAACUUUUCACGGCAGAGGGGGAUCUUCCCUCCCUUACCGGUCUGGAGAUCAUACCUAAACUGAUAACAGACCAGGAAAACUCACGGUUAACGGACAUUCCAUCUCUUACAGAAGUUAAAGACAUAGUCUUUGCUAUGGAUGGAGAGAGCGCAGCCGGCCCGGACGGGUUUACAGGGAAAUUCUUUACCUUUGCUUGGGAGGUAGUGGCAUCGGAUUUAUACCGGGCGGUUGUCAGCUUUUUCUGCGGUGCUGAACUACCUAGGAGUAUCACGGCUACCUCAAUUGUGUUGCUGCCAAAAGUGGAGAACCCCCAAGAUUUUAAGCAUUUUCGUCCAAUCAGUCUGUGCAACUUUACUAACAAAAUCAUCUCCAAGCUGUUAUCGGCAAGGUUGGCGAUGAUAUUACCCCGGAUUAUAUCUCCACAGCAAAGCGGGUUUGUCCAAGGGAGGCAGAUUACAGAUAAUUUCUUGUUAGCUCAGGAGUUAGUAGCCGAUAUCGGGAAAUCAAAUCGGGGUGGCAAUGUGGUCAUCAAGUUAGACAUGAUGAAGGCUUAUGAUAAAGUCUCAUGGCCCUUUCUCCUACAGGUGCUACGAUAUUUCGGAUUCAGUGAGACCUGGAUAGACAUGAUUUGGCGCUUAAUAUCGAAUGUGUGGUUCUCGGUACUUGUUAAUGGUGGUUCAAACGGCUUUUUCAGAUCUUCACGGGGUUUACGGCAAGGGGAUCCAAUUUCACCAGCCUUAUUCGUUAUCGGAGCUGAGGUGCUGUCUAGAACCCUCAACACGCUACCCACACAAAGAGGAUUUACUCCGUUCAAAGUUCCUCCUCAUUGUUCUAUAAUUACGCAUUUGGCAUUCGCCGAUGACGUGAUUAUCUUUUCCAGUGGGGCCAAGUCAUCCCUACGUCUGAUUAAACGGGUUUUGGAUGAUUAUAAUGAGGCAUCAGGUCAGCGAAUCAACCCUCAGAAGAGUUGUUUCCUUACUCAUCCACGGGCACCAUCUCAGAGGGCAACGGUUGUUAACCAGAUACUAGGGUAUAAUAAACGCGACUUUCCAAUACGGUACCUUGGUUGUCCCUUGUAUACCGGAAGGAGCAAGAAGGUUUACUAUACGGAUAUAUACAAUGUGGUGGCGAAUCGGAUUUUGAGUUGGAAAAACCAGAUUUUAUCGCUAGGAGGCAGGGUGGUGUUGAUUCAGAGCGUGUUAUCCUCUAUGCCAAUUCACUUGCUGGCAGCCGCGUCCCCUCCAAAAGGGAUGUUGAUGGUCAUAGAGAAAUUGUUCGCCAAGUUCUUGUGGGGAUCUUCGAAUUUCGGGGAUAAAUUCCAUUGGAUACGUUGGGCAGAUUUGUGUCGGCCGAAGGAUGAAGGGGGUGUAGGCCUGCGGGGUUUGAAACAGGUCUACGACUCAUUUUCCAUUAAACUCUGGUGGAAAUUUCGACAACAACAAUCAUUAUGGGCAAAGUUUAUGUCCCAGAAGUAUUGUGCAGGUCAUCACCCUUGUCUUGCUGAUAUUGGGCAUCCGGGAUCCCAAGUUUGGCAGAGGAUGGUCACAAUGCAGCGUUUUGGGGAGGAUAAUAUUAGCUGGGUAGUUCGGGAGGGGGCUUUGGACUUUUGGCAUGAUAAUUGGAUGGGGUCAGGUGCGCUUUGUGACAAGGUUGAGGUCUUCCAUGAUCAUUCGGUGGUUGAUUUUGUAGAUCGGCGGGCUUGGAAUGUGGACAUGCUCCAUCAAUUCUUGGAUGGAGAAUUGGUUACGCAGGUUUUGGAGAUUGACCCUCCUACCGAUAGGGGAAAUGAUACAAUGGUAUGGGCAUUGACGAACUCGGGUGUUUUUUCCACUGCAUCGGCUUACUCAUUGAUCCGUCAAUCCAAUGACAAUUCUUGGCUUUUUGGUCGUAUAUGGCAGCAGGGUCUUCCAGUCAAGGUUUCUUUCUUUAUGCUGCGACUACUACAGGGGAGGCUCCCUCUUAUGGAUCGCCUAAAGAGGUUUGGGGUUUGUGGCCCAUCUAGAUGCUUGUGUUGUCAGAAUCCCCAGGAGGAGGAUUUGAAUCAUGUGUUUUGCUCAGGAGAAGGGGCACGAUUGGUCUGGCGACACUUCGAGAGUACUGCUGGUGAGUUUAGUGGGGUGCAUACGGUGCGUCAUAUGGUGUGGUCUUGUUGGUUAAGGAGGGGGACUAAUGAUCGUGUAAAGUUUUUGCAUAAUAUACUUCCUUCGGUGGUAUGCUGGGUUUUAUGGAAGGCUAGGAAUGAAGGGGUGUUUGAAGGUCGGAAGAUGAGGAUCAGGCCUACGGUGAAUCGGAUUGUUCAGUUUCUGCAUGAUUUCCUUCAGUCACGGUUCCCGGGGGUGCAGCCUUCUGCCCCUACAUGGGAAGGGUUGCUUCUCGAAUUAGGUAGUCAUCAAAGGCGGAUGGUUAUUAGGCCAGUUUACUGGGUAACUCCACGUAGAGGCUAUAAGUUGAAUUCAGAUGGAUGUUCUCGGGGGAACCCAGGAAGGAGUGGGGGGGGUGGGCUUGUGCGGGAUAGUCGAGGAAAUUUUGUAUUCGGCUACGCGGAGCCCUUCGGGGUGAUAACCAGCAUGCAGGCGGAACUUCGAGCGUUGCUAUGGGGCGUUAGACAUUGUGUGAUUCGAGGGUGCUUGGAGUUACACUUAGAGGCGGAUUCUCUCACCCUGGUUCACAUUGUUCAAGGGACUAGUGCUUGUCCUUGGCGUUUACAGAGAGAUCUGGAUGAGUUGAUGAUGUUCAAGCAAUAUUUCACAUCGAUCACACACUGCUACAGGGAAGCAAACGCACCUGCAGAUCAUUUGGCAAAUUUUGGUGCUGAUUCUAGUGCAGGUCAUGUGUUUAAUACAUUCUCAGAAUUGCCGCAAUUGGUUAGGGGGGCUAUUAGAUUAGAUCGAUUAGGAUUUCCUACGUUUCGUACACGGUGUCUGGCAUGA